AACUGAAUUUUCUACAUGAUUUUUAUGUUUCGGCACGUUUUAAAUUAUAAAUCAUGUUUUUUUUUAAAGACAGGAGGAAAUAGGAACUGCUCAAAUGUUCGUCUCGUCACAAGCGUUUCUGUGCUGUCAGAUAGAGACGUAAGAAGAGACUGCUGCUUUGACUAUUUAGAUUUCGUUUUACAGUGGGCAAAUAGUCAGGCACCUCGGCUCCCCAAGGCUGGAGAGACAAUACAUGGACACAGGUUCUUUAUUGGUUUCGGUGGCAAAGGGGCCAAUCAAUGCGUCCAAGCUGCACGAUUGGGGGCCAAGACUGCCAUGGUGUGCAAGGUCGGCAGAGACGUUUUUGGGAACGACUACAUUCAAAACUUCAAAAAUAAUGGCAUAUCGACUGCCUAUGUAGAACAGACUGAAAAUGCUGCAACUGGAGCUGCCUCUAUCAUCAUAAAUGACACAGGGGAGAAUGCCAUAGUGAUUGUCGCUGGUGCUAAUAUGCUCUUGGGCCAAGAGGAACUGCAGCGGGCACUAACCACCAUAGUAAAUGCAAAGGUGCUCGUUUGCCAGCUUGAAAUCAAGCCAGAUACAUCACUUCAGGCCUUGAGAAUGGCCAGAGAGAACCACGUGAAGACCAUUUUUAAUCCAGCUCCAGCUAUUGUGGACCUGUGUUCUGAUUUCUUCAAAGCAUCUGACGUUUUCUGCUGCAAUGAAUCUGAGGCAGAGCUGUUGACGGGUAUGUCCGUUACCUCAGUGGAGGAUGCCAGUCAAGUAGGCCUGGAGCUGCUAAACAAAGGUUGUGGUUCAGUCAUUGUUACCUUGGGGCCACAGGGCUGUGUGGUGUGUCAGCCCACAAACACAGCACCGAAACACAUUCCCACCACUGCGGUGACUGCUGCGGAUACCACGGGAGCAGGCGACAGCUUCAUUGGUGCUCUGGCUUUCUACAUGGCCCAUUAUCCCACAAUGCCGCUGGAAGAGAUGGCAAGGAGAGCCAACCUUGUUGCAGCUGUGUCUGUACAAACUGUUGGCACUCAAACAUCUUUUCCAUUUCAGAAGGAUCUGCCAACUGAACUGUUCUGAAGGUGACCCUUGGCUUCAAAACAACACCGUUAACCUGUGCACAGUGUCCACAGAAUUAUUGUUUGUAUAAUAAACAAUGCCAUGUACUGGAGAGUUCCAGAUAAUGUAAUUUCCUGGCAUUAUUUGUAAAUGAGGUGAGAUAUGAUGUUUAAUUAUGUCUGAAAAUAAAUAAAACCAUGUAAAUGUAUGUAAAAAAAA